AUGGAUUGUGAUAAAUGUGGAGAUUUCGCUGUUAUCAAACAAUGUGAGGGUGAACCUUCUAGGAUUUACCUCACUGGCCAUGGCGGUGACAGUUUCCUCAAAUUUCAAGAUGCUGAAGAACUGACAAACGUCGAUUUAGCGUAUGCCAUUCAGACGAUGUAUGAAGAUAACCGGUACCAUGAAAUGUUCUUGAUUGCGGACACUUGUCGCAGCGCCUCGAUGUAUGAAUGGGUGUCGAGUCCUGGAGUACUUUCAUCCAGUAGCAGUUUGACACAUGAGGAGAGCUAUUCGUAUGAUGUGGAUGACGAAAUCGGUGUUUAUGUCAUUGACAGAUACACGCAUUUCACCGUGGCAUUCAUGAAUCGUGAAGUGAAAGCUUUGAAUUCUACGGCAACCAUGCAGGAUUAUCUCGACUCUUGCUCUCGCCGUCAGUGUCUAUCAACUGUUGGAGUACGUAAGGAUGUCUAUCCAAAAGAGCCUUCUCGGGUUCGUGUGACUGACUUUUUUGGCUCAUCACGAAUUAUUCGCCACCUUACCGAGGAGAUCGAAAUCGACGACGACUGGUUGAAUAUCGGCGAAUAA